AUGGCGAAGAACGUCUUUGCCGUCCAAAUCUUCUUCAUUGUGUUCCGAGAGUGCUUGGAGGCUGUCAUCAUCAUCUCGGUCCUCCUCUCGUUCCUCAAGCAAUGUCUCGGUGGGCCAGGCCAGGACCAGGCCAUCUAUAAACGCCUGGUCAGGCAGGUAUGGCUUGGCUCAGCAGCUGGUAUUGUCAUCUGUCUCAUCAUUGGCGGUGCCUUCAUCGGGGCCUUCUACGGCCUUGGCAGGGAUAUCUGGUCAAAGUCUGAGGAUCUCUGGGAGGGCAUCUUUUACCUGGUUGCCGCAAUCAUCGUCUCAAUCAUGGGACUUGCCCUGCUGAGAAUCAACAAGAUGAAGGACAAGUGGCGUGUCAAGAUUGCUCAGGCUCUGGCUGAGAAGUCAGCCAACUCUGAAAAGCCGAGGAACUGGCUCAGCGACUGGUCCAGAAGACACGUCAUGUUCAUCCUGCCCUUCAUCACCACUCUGCGAGAAGGAGUUGAGGCCGUCGUCUUUGUUGGAGGCGUCUCUCUCAGCUUGCCCGCGACGGCCUUCCCUCUGCCUGUUGUGUGCGGCAUCAUCGCCGGUCUCGCCGUCGGUUACUUCAUCUACCGCGGAGGCAACCUGAUGUCAAUACAGCUCUUCCUCAUUGCCUCAACCAGCGUCUUGUAUCUAAUUGCCGCCGGCAUGUUCUCAAAAUCCGUCUGGAGUCUGCAGUACCACACAUUUGCCCAGCGUGUCGGAAGCGAUGUUGCCGAAGCAGGCAACGGCCCCGGCUCAUACAACAUUCUCGAGACCGUCUGGCACGUCAACUGCUGCAACCCCGAAACCGACAACGGCUGGGAUGUGUUCAACUCCAUCCUCGGCUGGCAAAACACCGCCACCUACGGCUCAGUGAUUGCUUACAAUGUCUACUGGAUCUUCCUCAUCCUUACUGUUUCUCUGCUCAUGUACGAAGAGAAGACGGGAUCACUACCUUUGAAGAACGAAUUCUUAAACGCCGCCUCCAAGGUUCCAGGCCUCCGCCGAUGGGUCGAGAAGAAGCGUGCCAAGACGGAAGUCAACGAAUUCGAGGUUUUCCAGCAGGUUCAAGCUGCAGGACUCUUACGAGAGUAA